UGCUGGCGUUCCUGUGGGGAUAGUUGCGGUAUGAAAAGCAUGUUGAAAUUGUACUGAUCUAAUCAACAUAAAUAUCUCAAUCACAAACCUUCAUAGUAUAAUCAAGAAUCUUGUGCACUGCACCUCUAAAUCUGUAGUCCAUGGCUGAGCAGGGUAAAUUGCAUAUUCUCAUGUUCCCAUGGCUGGCCUUCGGUCACUUGAUUCCAUACCUAGAGCUCGCCAAGCUCAUAGCCCAGAAAGGCCACAGUGUCUCCUUUGUUUCGACCCCCAGAAACAUUGAUCGCCUUCCCAAACUGCCUUCGAAUUUAACCCAUCUAAUAGAAUUUGUCAAGAUUCAAUUGCCAAAAGUUGAUAGUCUACCUGAAGAUGCAGAAGCCACCAUUGAUGUACCAUUCGAUAUGGUCCGCUACCUUAAAAUUGCCUUCGACAAGCUUCAGCCAAGAAUCACUUGUUUGUUGGAAGACUCCGCAGCUGACUGGAUUAUUGCCGAUUUUGCUCAAUACUGGUUAUACCCAGAAGCUGCUAAACUCAACAUUCCAUGUGCUUUUUUCAGCAUAUUUACUGCAACUCUUUUGAGCGUUACUGGUCCAACAUCACUUACAUUACAAAAUCAAGAUGAAAGGGUGAAGCCCGAAGAUUUCACUGUGAAACCCAAGUGGGUACCCUUUGAAACAUCUGUUUCUAUGCGCUUUUUUCAAAUUAAUCGCCAGUUUAAGGAGGCAAUUAUAGACGGAGGUAAUGUUUCGGACAUUUACCGAUUGGUAGCCACGAUUGACGGCUGUGAUGUGGUGGUGAUGAGAAGUUGUUAUGAGUUUGAGCCUGAGUGGCUACAACUUCUAGAGAAUAUUUACGAAAAACCAAUUAUUCCAGUCGGCCAUUUGCCCCCAAAAACUACUGAUAGUGGUUCUGAUGAGCAAAAUGAAAACUGGAUUGAAAUUAAGGAAUGGCUUGACGCGAAAGAAAAAGGAUCGGUUGUUUAUGUAGCUUUUGGAAGUGAAACGAAACCAAAUCAAGAUGAACUUAUUGAAAUUGCAUUAGGCUUGGAGAAGUCGGAAUUGCCAUUUUUCUGGGUUCUGAGGAAGCAACGAGGGGCAGCAGAUAAUGAGGUGACUCAUUUACCAGAAGGGUUCGAGGAGAGAACUAAAGGACGUGGGGUGGUUUUUACAAGUUGGGUUCCUCAACUCAAGGUACUGAGCCACGAGUCGGUGGGUGGAAUCUUGUGUCACUCCGGGCUGAGCUCAGUCGUGGAGGCUUUGCAAUUCGGGAAAUGGAUAAUCUUGUUGCCUUUCUUGCUGGACCAAGGAUUGAUUUCCAGCCUAUUGGAGGAAAAGAAGUUGGGACAUGAGAUAGCGAGAAAUGAGUUGGACGGAUCAUUUACUAAAGACGCAGUUGCUAACUCUCUGAGAUUGGUGAUGGUGGAAGAAGGAGGUAAAGUUUACAGGGAAAAGGUUAAAGAGAUGAGAGAAAUGUUGUCGAAUAAGGAUAUACAAGAUGGUUAUAUGGAGCGAUUCUUAGAUCAUCUACAAAAUCACAAGAAGGCUUAAAGUAUUCUAAUAGAAAUAAAUAGACUUUCCAAAUGAAUAAUGGAUUGUGUAUCGUUUGUGCAUUCCUUGGCUUAUAUGUAUCUGUUGAUAGAGAAAUGAUAGACAAGUAGACAGAUAAGAGAUGAACAGAAGAAGAUCUACUUGUAUAAGAUGUACCUCUCUAGCUUUUCAAGUGAUUCCAAUAUGGGGAUUGUUGUUUUAGCCUGGGAGAAUUUAGAUUUGGGUAAUUGCAUGCAUCUUUUUAUAA